AUGUCUGCCUUCUUUGUGAUUCGGUGCGUGGUCCCACCCAUUUACCUGCUGAUCAUCACAGUGGGUUUACUGGGGAACAUCACCCUGGUCAAGGUCUUUGUAGCCAACAGUGCCAUGAAGAGUGUACCUAAUAUCUUCAUCUCCAGCCUGGCAGCAGGGGACUUGCUGCUUCUGGUGACCUGUGUUCCAGUGGACGCUGCCAGGUACUUCUUCGAAGAAUGGAUCUUCGGGACUGUAGCCUGUAAGCUCAUCCCCUUGAUCCAGCUCACCUCCGUCGGGGUCUCAGUCUUCACCCUGACUGCUCUCAGCGCAGACAGAUACAAAGCAAUCGUGAACCCGAUGGAUGUCCAGUCGUCCAACGCUGUGCUCCACACAUGCCUGAAGGCGGUGACUAUCUGGUUGGUCUCGGUGCUGUUGGCUGUGCCAGAGGCUGUGUUCUCUGAGGUGGUUCAGCACCACAUUGGGGAUAACGACAGCUUCACGGCCUGUGUGCCCUACCCGCUCACCAACAAAACCCACCCCAAGGUCCACGCCGUGCUGAUCUUCCUGGUCUAUUACCUUGUGCCACUCAGUGUCAUCAGUGUCUACUACUGCCACAUCGCCCACAGCCUGAUGCAGAGCGCCCACAACAUGCCGGGAGAGAGCAGUGAGCACGCCAAGAAACAGAUGGGGACGAGGAAACGCCUGGCCAAGAUCGUGCUGGUGUUUGUGGGCCUCUUUGCCUUGUGCUGGUUCCCCAACCACGUGCUCUACAUGUACCGUUCCUUCCACUAUGGCCAGAUCGACCCCUCUCUCGGGCACCUGAUUGUCACAGUAAUUGGUCGCAUCCUCAGCUUCUGCAACUCCUGCGUGAACCCCUUUGCCCUCUACUUGCUGAGCGAGAGCUUCCGCAGGCACUUUAACACCCACCUGCGGUGCCAGGGGCAGAGCGGAUUACCGCGUUCCACCAGCUAUUUCCAGAGCACCUCUGCCCUGAGGAUGACCUCCGUCAGGAGUAACCUUCGCAACACCGUCACCAACUCCAGCCUGGCCAACGGACACAGCUUCAAGCAGGAAUCAGCUGCCUAAAAUACCGCCUCCCCUCCCCUCCGCUCUUCAACCCUCUCCCCAUA